AUGCUUUUGAAGCAACUCGUCCUUCUGGCUGUCAUCGCCGCUGCUACUGCUGUACCGGUACCGCGAGAUGGACAUGCUCUCGCGACAGAUGCAGCUCCGCCGCCUCCACCGGUAACCACGCAUCUACCUCCUCACGGAAAGCGUGAUACCCAGGAUCCUCCCCCGCCCCCUCCGGCGACAACGCCUCCACCACCUCACGGAAAACGCGAUAAGCAAGCUCCACCUCCGCCCCCGGUGACUUCGAAGGUUCCGCCUGCUCCUCACGGGAAGCGUGAUGCCCAGGAUCCUCGCCCGCCUCCGGUGACCACCACGCCUGCCCCGCCUCCUCCGGUUACAACAUCUCCGUCGCCUCACGGAAAGCGUGAUGAGCAAGCUCCACCACCACCAGUGACUUCGAAGCCUCCACAGCCGCCUCACGGGAAGCGUGAUGUCCAGGAUCCUCCCCCACCGCCGCCAGUGACCUCGCCUCCACCACACGGAAAGCGUGAUGCGCAGGACCCGCCCCCGCCUCCUCCAACGACCACGCCUCAUCCGCCGCACGGGAAGCGUGAUGCGCAGGACCCGCCCCCGCCUCCUCCAACGACCACGCCUCAUCCGCCGCACGGGAAGCGUGAUGCUCAGGAUCCACCCCCGCCUUCAACGACUACACCUCCACCUCCGCCACCGAGCCGAGUCCCUCACAAGGACAAUGCCUAA